AUGACGCAAGACGUAGGCGUCUGUGAUUGGUCAGUUCAGCCAGCUGACGGAACGUGCCGCAAAGCGCGAAAAUUUGAACUGCGGGAAGACUUGACAGAAAGGAACCGGUGGGGUCAGAGGCUGCGCACAGACCGGGUACAGACCGCUAGCGGUAUGUUAUAUGUACACGGCGUGCGGGCAGAGUGUGCGGGGGGGAGGGAGGCUGAUACAGUGUACACACACAGAGCUUUAUCUGUGUCACACUGACUAUCUCCUCCUAGCUCGGCCUGCACACAAAUCAGCCUCCUUUAUAGUCACACAGGGAUGGCCAGCUUCAACUAUUACUGUAUUAUGGUAUUCAUAGAGAGACAGCUUAUUCUGUAAGGGGGGAGUGUAACAAUAAAUGAGACCAUUAUAAAUUGUUACUGGAACAAUAAUAGGUGGGUGAGGACCCUGUUCACACCAGCUUAAAUAACUGUAAUAGUCACAAUUUAUAUAUGACAACAUGUCUCACUAAAAAGCUUAUAUUGUAUAUUAAUACAAAUGUGAAUUGUAAAGAAUCUAAAUGUUUUAAAGUUUUGGGCAAAAAAAAGCCAAAGUGAAAAUAUAGCUGCCUUUUGAGAAAUUUUUUAUUUUUAAUUUUUUCUUUCAAUUUGGCUGUUUACGCAGAAUUAAAAAAAAUAAAAAAUUCACUAUCUAAUAUACAGAAUUCAUUUUUUAUUUUUUUUCUAUAACACCGCAAAUGUAACAGUAACAUUAUGUCUGUACAGUCAUUUGACACCCUGGACCACUUCUGAACGGUCAGCUACAUCAUUGAGACCUGGUCUGCCUCACAUCUGGCUUAGCACCCUAGUUCUGGUGUGAGUGUGGUGAUCCUAUUUCAAUGAUUUAUUUCUUUGUCUUAAUUAUUUUCAUAGCACCAUGCAGUUGAUUGGUUCAAUAAAAAGAACAAAAACUCUAAUUGAAUAUAUUUAAAGGGACACUAUAGGCCCUAAUCAAACUUGCUUAAAGCAACACUAUAGGAUCACUAACAAAAACAGGUAUUCCUGACCUUAGAGUGUUAAAAACACAAUCUAGUCUUCUUUUUGCCCUAAAUAUAGUAAAAUUGUACUUUUAUUCCAGUCUGCUGCUGCUCUGCCUCCUUAGCUGACAUUAUCAGAAAUGGUGAUCUCGGCCAAUCACAAUGCUUUCCCAUAGGAAAAGCAUUGGAUUGGUUCGGUCAAUGAGGCACAUCAAGGGCAGAACCAGCACCAUUCAAACAAAGCCCUGACCAAUAAGCAUCUCCACAUAGAGAUACAUUGAAUCAAUGCAUCUCUAUGAGAAAAGUUCAGUGUGUCCAUGCAGAGGGUGAAAACACUGAAUGUCGCGGCACUGCCCCAAGAAGCGCCUCUAGUAGCCUUUUGAGGAGUGACCACUGGAGGUAUCCUUAGGCUGUAAGGUAAACACUGUGAAAAGACUGUGUUUACUGCAAAAAGAUUGAAGUGACUGAAUAUACUCACCAGAACAAAUACAUUAAGCUGUAGUUUUUCUGGUGACUAUAGUGUCCCAUUUUAUUGAAGCAGUUUUGCUGUGUAGAUCAUGCCCCUCCAGUCUCUGACUCUGCUACGUUCUGUAAUUCAGGAGUUAAAUCACUUUUGUUUCUGGUUAUGCAGCCCUAGUCACACCUCCCCUGGCUGUGACUGACACAGCCUACAUGGAAACAAAAUGGCUUCAUUUUCAAUCAGAUGUUAACUUGCGUUAAAAUGUAUUUCCUUCUUGCUCUGUAAUUUGUACUAUAAUUACAUAUAGUAGGCACCUGCAAGGUCUAGCAAGCUAUUAGCAGUGCAGAAGAUAAGACAUUCUAAAUUAAACAGAAUUUGCAAUAAAGAAAGUGUUGACAUUAGAUGACUCUCUACAGGAAGUGUUUAGGAAGACUGUGCUAUUCACAUGCAGGGAGGUGUGUCUGGGGAUGUAUAAACAAAGUGAUUUAAAUCCAUAAUGGCAGACUAUUGAGCAGUAAGACUGCAGGGGCAAGAUCUAUACACCAAAACUGCUUCAGUAAGCUAAAGUUUUUUGGUGACUAUAGUGUCCCUUUUUAAGAGCAUGUCUUAAAGCCAAUUCACUCAUCCAUAUCAUAUGGCUCAUUGUGAAUGUUUCAUUAUGGUGUGCACUGAAUUAUGUUAUGUUACGUGUAUAUUAAAAGUUACUUGUUUAUCUAUUAUUUUAGGAUCUGUGCAUUCAAUGGCUGCCAGUAGUUGUAAAAGUGCAUCAUGAGGUCAAGCCCCCGAAGGCCAUUGAUUCUUAAGAGACGCAGACUGAAUCCUCCCCAGCACAAUGCUGCCAUCCACUCUGGAGUGUCCGGGCAGGGAGAGGCCACCCUGAUGGAGUCUGCCGAGCAGUCCCUGGCUCAGACGCAAGGGGUCCAUGAGUCUUCUCUACAUGAUAGUACUCCCAGGCUAGCUGGGUUAGGUGUCAUUGAGUCAUCACACCAAGCCAAUGUCUACCCUUUUCAACUAAGUGGACCUAUGGAACAUGCCAGUACUGACAGUAAAGCGGACAAUGGACCAGCUAACUUUAGUCAGAGCGCCCAAAUAACCUCUGUGGGAAACCCCACUGAAAGUCAAACACAAAUCUCAGCACUUAAGCCGAAUUCAAUAGAAAGUCCAUCUGGGAGCAGUGGAGACAAUGUCAAUAUCCUAUCUGAUGUUCGAAUAAUGAGCCACCCGACCAUUCCUGAUACUCAACUUGUAGUCUUGCCACCAGAAUCUGAUGUCCAGAGCAUUAUCCAGGCACUGACCGCACGUGGCAGGGCAAAUGGAGGGCCCAAUAAGUUUAUUCUCAUCAGUGGUGGCACUUCCUUCCAAAACCAGACUGGCAACUCAAAACCCGUUAUCAAGGAAGAAGACUUUCCACAGCCAGUGGUCAUGUCCCCUUCAAAGCUGCAAACCAUGAGCAAGGACAUCACAGGUAGUGUCCUUUUGGGACCUCUUUUGGUCUGUCUGCUGUAGUUUGUGUGUUUUAUAAAAAAAAAAAUAUAUAUUUAUUUUACAGGUAUAAUGGCACUCACCCUUGCUGGUGAUGUACUCUCCGGUCUUCCAAAGUGAGAUCUUGAGGAAGACCUGAAUGAGUCGAAACGUUGAUCACUUUAUUAUAUACUGUUUGAUGGAAUAAAUACUUAAAGACCGGAGAGUGUAUCGUGUAUGUAUGUGUGUGUGUGUGUGUAUAUAUAUAUAUAUAUAUAUAUAUAUAUAUCUAUUACAUUGCUAAACACAAAUACACACACCAGUCAAGCCAUAAGGAUUUGCUUUUCCCACAGCAAUCUCACUUUAACAGUGCUCUCACCUCUGCAAUACAUUCUGGGUAGACGUAUGCAAAUGAGUGAUUCACUUGUUUUGCUCCUCUUUCUGAGUUGUGUUUCAAAGCUGUUGUAUACAGCAGACACAUACUCCAAGGAAUCCAUGUAUAAAAUGGUAUUAUGAGGCAAAAAUGUGGUUCUUUGUUUAGCUAAUUUGCAUGCGCCUACCUAGAAUCCCUUGCACUGUCAAAGUGAGAUUUCUGUGGGAAAAGCAAGUCUUAUGGCUUGACUGGUGUGUGUGUAUUUGUGUUUAACAAUGUAUUAACUAUCAACUUCAGGAAGGGGUUUUCAUCCACAAUUGUUUUCCCCACCACAACUUUUUUUGUAAUGAUUUAUGUAAGCUCAAUGAGCAGGGCCCUCAACCCCUCUGUUCCUGUGCGUCCAUUUGUCUGGUUACAAUUACGCAUCUGUUAGUAUUGUACAGCGCUAUGGAAUUUGCUGGCGCUAUAUAAAUAAUAGUGUAUGUGUGUGUGUGUGUGUGUGUGUGUAUAUAUAUCUCUCUCUCUAAACAUUAGGGGUGGAGUGUUCACUCAUCUGUCUGAAUCCCAAGAGACUCUUCAAAUCCAUAUACAAACCAAUCAAAUUGUCUUUAUAUGUAUUAAAAGUAAUUUAAUUCGUCUGGGCUGCCCAAAACGAACAUUGGCACAUGUCUAAAGUGAAGCCAUACUAAAACUGACUACAAUAUGAGGGUGCCUGUAGUGAUUAUGGUGUUUUGAGUGAUCCUGUAAGAAACACUCCAUUGGAAAUAUUUAGUAGAUCUCCACCUAAAGAAAUUGUGCAUGUCAUUUGUUUUGCAUGUUGUCUUUGGCAAUAUAUGAACUAUGCAAUAGGUAUAGAUCUAGUACCUGCAAACCCUUCCUUUCUUUUCCAGCACAGACUUCAUGUGGCAGUCCAAUCACACUCUUAAAGUGACAUUAUAGCUUGCUGAAAAGCUUUGUAUGAGAAGUGUCUUUUUUUUUUUAUUUUGACACUUUUCUAAAUUAACCUACUUUGCACCCCUACACCCCUGGCUCUUCAAGCAGAUAACAGGUCCUGUUACUUUGUGGUUUGGUUAGCUUAUUUGCAAUGAACUCAAGAGGCAGCAAAUGCCCAGAGCAUCUGCCUCUCUGGGUGGGGUUAGAAGGGGAAGGCUUGCAAAGGCAGCAGACGAGAUCUGGAGUUUUCAAGCUGUUUUUAGAUAUAGCUCCAAUGAAAAAAGGCAAAUUUAAAUGCAUGCACAUUUUCAUUUGGGGUGUAUCUAUUAAACAGUAAUUUUUAUUUAUUUUGUAUUUGGGCAGUGGAGUGUCCCUUUAUAGUGAACCGUAUUAGAGUUAAAUUAAAUGAAAUGUAGUUACUCUGGGCAAUUACCUGCCUCUGUAGUUUAUUUCUAUUGAGAUGAAGAGACAUAACCAGUUAUCUGGCAGUUAGGGUGGUGUGAGAAUGAUUUCAACCAGGGGUAGUGGUCUGAGACCAGCAUUGGCUAGUUGUCUGGGAGAACAGUUUAAAGGGACACUAUAGUCACCCAAGCAAUUUUAGCAUAAUGAAGCAGUUUUGGUGAAUAUACAAUGCCCCUGCAGUCUUACUGCUCAAUUAUCUGCCAUUUAGGAGUUAAAUCACUUUGUUUAUGUAGCCCUAGUCACACCUCCCUGCAUGUGACUUACACAGCCUUCCUAAACACUUCCUGUAAAGAGGCAUCAAAUGUUUAUUCUUCAUUAGUGAAUUACAGCUAGGGUAGGUGUGGCUAGGGCUGCAUGGACAGAAACAACUGCUGUAACUCCUAAAUGGCAGAGGAUUGAGCAGUGAAACUGCAGGGGCAUUAAACUGCUUCAUUAAGCUUAAGUUGUUUUGGUGACUAGUAUCCCUUUAUUAGAAAUAUCAAUUUGUAGAUUACUACUUUCUUAAAUUCCAUGAUUGAUAAACAAGGGAGGGUGGGGAAGAUUUUUGCCAGUAGUUGGUUCACUUGUGCUAAUCCGUGUUUAUGUAGCAUUGCUAUUUAAUACAAUAACUGUUCUGCCAAAUUGGAUCUUGCAUUAUCUAGCCUCCCUGGCCCCUCUUUGCCCUCCUAAAUAUUGUAAAAUGUUACUUUUAUUCCAAUCUCAUGGUGCUGACUCUGCCCCUGAUCUGCCUCCUUGGCUGAAAUAAUCAGAAGUGGUGAUCUCAGCCAAUCACAAUGCUUUCCCAUUGGAAAGCAUUGGAUUGGCUGACAUUGUCAAGGAGGAACAUCAGGGGCAGAGCCAGCACAAUCCAAACAGUCCCGGCCAAUCAGCAUCUCAUCAUAGAGAAGCACUGAAUCAAUGCAUCUCUAUGAGGAGAGUUCAGUGUCUGCAUGAAGAGGUUGGAGACACUGAAUGGCACAGCACUGCCCCAGGAAGCACCUCUAGUAACCAUCUGAGGAGUGGCCAGUGUAGGUAUCUGUAGGCUGUAAUAUAAACAUGGCCUUUUCUCUGAAAAAACUGUUUACUGCUAAAAGCCUGCAGGCAAUGACUGUACUCACCAGAACAACUACAUAGAAGGCAUACUAUAUUGCCAGGAAGACAAAUCUGUAUUCCUGGCACUAUAGCUCCCUCUGUGCCCCCCUCAUGUCCAUCUACGCUUGGUCGUUGCUCCGUCUCCUCCUCUGUCCUGUGACGAGCAGGGGCUAAUGCGCAUUGAAUCAGUGUUUUCCUAUGGGGGGAAAAUGACACUAGAUGUCCCCAUGCAGAGCGUGAGGACGUCCAGUGUUGGAUACCGGACCAGAGUUCUGUUUCGAUCCAGGAAGCGCUUUCAGUGGAGCUGGAGGUAGACCUAGAGCUGCAGUGUAAACAUUGGAAUUGCAAUGUUUUACAUUGCAGCACUAGGUGCAGAAGGGUCAAUGUACCCAGACCACUUCAAUGAGCUGAAGUGGUCUGAGUGCCUAUAGUGUCCCUUUUUAACCUGUAGUUGUUCUGGUGACUAUAGUGUCCCUUUUAAGUCUUCGAAAUGACAACCCAAUACAAAUGGAGAAGAAUGGUUGGAUCUUCAAACAAUUAUAAUCUUUCAAGACUACCAGUUGAUAUGAGCUGCUAACACAGAUUAGAGUACCUGCAGCAAAGGUGAAUUUACAACUUUACUGUAAGACUUAAUUGUAGAAAACUAGAGAUUGUAAUUCCCUUACUUAUUGUGACAUUUCAUCAAGCACCAAAAACGCUUCAAGUGACAGGCUUCCUUCACUUCGUCUGCAGUUCCUUUCUAAAAAGGCAGUGUUUACAUUGAAAGGUCUGCAGGUAAUGACUAUAGACACCAGAACAACUACAUUUUCGUUUUGAAAAUUAAACUUUUUUUUUUUUACGCUGGCUCCUAGAGUCCAAACAAGUUUGUCAAGUCCUGUCACAUUUCUAUCUGACCAUUGUAACACCUUUAUUUUCCUUUUCAUCCAUUUUGUUGUAGUUUUGUUGGUGUGCUUGGUAUCAUUGUCCUGUUACAUGACCCAAUUUCAGCCAAGCUUUAGUUGUCGUACAGGUGGCCUCACGUUUGACUCUAGAAUACCUUGGUCAGCUCAAUGACUGCAAGUUAAUGGUCAACUCAAUGACUGCAAGGCUCCCAGGUCAUGUGGCUGCAAAAUAAGCCCAAAUCAUCACAUCUUGAUCACGGUGCAGGACAGUUGGUAUGAGGUGCUUGUUCUGAUUUCACCAAACAUGGCACUGUGCAUUAUGGCCAAACAUCUCCACUUUGGUCUAGUCUGUCCAAAGGACAUUGUUCCAGAAGUCUUGUGGUUUAAGAUGCAAUUUUGUAAACCUAAGCCAUGUUGCUGUGUUCUUUUUAGAGAGUAGAUGCUUUCUCCUGGCAACCAUUCCAAACAAACUAUACUUGUUCAGUCUUUUUCUAAAUGUACUCUCAUGAACUGUAAUAUUUAACAUGCUAACUGAGGCCUGUAGAGUCUGAUAUAUAACUAUUCAGUUGUUUGCAAUUUUUCUGAGCAUUGCACAAUCUGAUCUGUGGGUGAAUUUGCUGGGAUGUCCACUGCUUGGAAGAUUGGCAACUGUCUUGAAUGUUUUCCAUUUUCCACACAUUCCAUGUGUACCAGGAUAUUCCUACUAGAUGCAGCUGAGGCGUUCCCAAUUCUAAAUGAAUGUCCUGAAAGGAUGAAGGGUUGCAGCCAAGUUUUACAAAGUGUCCUGACGUUCAAGAUGAACUUUGAUUUGUGAGUGGGUUACUGUGUAGCAUUAAAAGCUGUGUACUCCUAAGGCGACCUCUACGUGAAUGCAAAAAAGUGAUAAAGUAUUUUUACUGGGCACCAUUUAUUGUUGGUAGGAUAUGUGUAUGUCUGUUGGUGAGCCCAUUUGAUUUGUUUUUGAAUGUCGUAGUGUAAGUUAGGGCCCGACCAAUCACAGGUUCACAUAGCAACUUGGAAUUCUGUCCUGGCGUCUGGACUUUGUGAGCCAAUGUUUAAAAGCAUUGCAAAUAGAUUAGGAAACAGCCGAAUGAGGAACGAAUGCUUGAAAUACCUCAUUAUGCAGAUUAAGACCACAAUGAAGUAACCGAUAACUGUGCUCCAUGAGUAUCAUCAUUUAUUAGAGGCCUAAAGCAUGCACUCGAAGCUUAAAGGGACACUAUAUAGUCACCAGAACAACUAAAGCUUAUUGCUUUUGUUCUGGUGAGUAGAAUCAUUCCCUCUGGCUUUUUGCUGUAAACACUUUGAUUUAAGAGAAAAUUUAGUGUUUAUUACAGCCUAGUGGUGACUCCCCUGGUUACUAGAGGUGCUUCCUGGGACAGUGCUGCACAGUGUACAGCACUGGCAUUCAGUGUCUCCACCCACUUCAUGCAGACACUGAACAUUCCUUAUAGAGAUGCAUUGAUUCAAUUAAUCUUUGAGGAGAUGCUUAUUUGCCAGGGCUGUGUUUGACUUUUGCUGGCUCUGCCCCUGAUCUGCCUCCUUGACAGUCUAAGCCAAUCCUAUGGGGAAGCAUUGUAAUUGUCUUAGACCACUUCUGAUGAUGUCAGCAGAAAGAGGCAGUUCAGGGGCAGAGGCAGCAGCUUCAGACUUGAAUGAAAGUAAGAUUUUACUAUAUAUAGUGAGGCCAGGGGGGCUAGAUGGUGAUUAUAACACUAUAGGGUCAGGAAUACAUGUUUCUGUUCCUGACCCUAUAGUGUUCCUUUAAACUGAAGAAUAGAAGAUAGAAAUGAACCGGAGAUGUAACUUAGAAAGCAUGUAUAAUAGUCACAAACACCCAAUUUAGUAAGGGUGUCAUAAAGCUACUUAAAAUUUCAGUUUACAGCUAAUUGUUAUUUUAAUUGAAAUUGGCUCAACUACGAAGUAAAAUAAUAAAUUGCGUAUGUUAGGCUGCGAAAUAUAGAAGUUGCUGUCUUGGAGCCGAAGAUAUUGUAAUGGUUAGUUUCUGUUAACUUUGCGACUUUCAAUAAAAAAAAGUGCAUUGCCGAUGGAAAAAUAAGUUGGAUAUCAUGAAAUACUAUUAGGUUGAGAGAGGUUUAUGUUGAAGCAUACGGUAGUACACCUAAAUUCAGCAACAAUCAAUGACUAAUAGUUCGAUCCCUAAAAACACAAGUAGGACACUUGGUACACUUCAGGGUGCAGUGCAGUAAAAAUGGGUAAAACUAUCUGGAGACUAGCUGAUGAUAUAACAAAUAUGUAAAUGCCUAAUGACAGUGUGGCCGAAAGAGGUAUAAAACGAAGUAAUGAAAGCAUGGCCAAACAUAUGCUGAACAAUAGUUUAUUGUGGUGUGGUGGAAUUUGCUGCACAUAAGUCAUGUACUGAGAGAAAACCAAAUGUAGGGGACGCUGAAUGUACUGAACCAAAGUGAAUAUGCAGCGUGGCCGAAUGUACAAUGUCAAAGAGAAGAGAACCAGGAACGAAUUCUCCUCCAUCGAUGCUGGAAUGUCAUCCUAAGCUGUGAAUCCUGCGUAUCAUAAGUUGUGUGUGGUAACCUAGCAACCAGGUUCAAAGCGUGGCCAGGAGUAACUGGGAGGGGGUUAGAUAUAGCCUGGCAAAACCUCUCCCACAACUCCGGGUAUGUAUUUGACUUUUAUUUUUUUUUUCUGGAUCAGGUCUUGACAAAUGGCAGGUUGCCAUGGCAAAUAAGAAUUUUGCCCUGGCUCCUGGCUGUUUGUCAGCCCGUUAAGCAGCUGCGGAAUCUGCUUCCCCCCCCAGCAGCUGGCUCUGGGCAUAAUGGAGCCGGGCGGCGAGGGAGUUUUAAUGCCAGGAGCAGGAAUAUGACCUCACUAAACAACGCACGCAAGAGCACAGCAAGAAAAGCUUGAAGACUGGACCGUCUGUCAGUGAGUCUGUUUAGGUGAUUGGCCCCCCCUCUGAACGCAUGGGAAAAGUGGUUUACUCGUCUUUUUUUCCCACGCCAUAGGCUAUUGUGCAUGCACGGCAAAACACCAAAAAAAAACCUGCGCCAAUCAGCAUCUUCUCAUAGAGAAAUAUUGAAUCAAUGCAGCUCUAUUGGGAACAUUCAGCUCCUCCAUGCAAAGUGUGGAGCACUGGAUUGACACACCACUAGUGACUUACUCUGAGUGACUGUCACUAGAGGUGUUACUAGGCAUCAAUGUAAACACUGCAUUUUCUCUGAAAUCUGUGUAGUGGUUGUGGUGACUAUAGUGUCCCAAAGAAUUGUAAAAAAAUAAAUAAAUUGAAAAUAAAGCUUUGUUUAAAAAAAAAAAAAAACAUGGCUCCUAACUUUUUCUGGCUGCUAUAUUCCAAUCAAAUUUGUUGUGUGUGUGUGUGUUGCGACUUUAGCGCCGGCAAGUAGAAAUUCACUUUUAGUUAAUGUCCCAUUGGCCCACAAGGCUUUCUGUGGCAUAGAACUUGAAACUGUAAGGUAUAAAAUGCUGUUUAUUUAAAUAAUGGAUUUUUAAGUUUUUCUGACUGCCUAAAAUAGCUGCUACUUCAAUGCUUCUCAUGAUACAUGGAGUAUAUUAUAAUAUUAUGAACACAUAUUUAAAUAUGCUCAGUGAAUUUAGCUCAAACACAUGUGGAAGCUCUACAUACAUACACACAUUUGUAUUUGUGUUGUGGCUAUUCUUCAUUCUGGGAUAACAAUCUUAUCCUACACAGAAAACUGCUGGCAGGGGGGAGUGCUUUAUGGCAGUAAUAGUAGGCAAUUAAAAAAGACCCCCACUGUCCCUGUAAGCUUUAAAGUGAGCACUGGUACUGAUCCUGAGCUGAAGUAAGAUAUGAUCUAGCACUCCAAGAAGGGUGCAGGGAAGCUAGCUGCUUCACAUCCAGGGGAGGUGUGGUGAGGGCUGUAGAAAUAAAUUGAUUUAGGUCCUAAAUAACAGACCUUUGAAUAGGGAGGCUGCAGAAGUGUAAUCAAUGCAGCAAAAUCCCUUAAAAACUGAAGUGGUUUGGGGUAUUAGAUUAAAGAGACAGUAUAGACACCCAGAUCACUUCAUCUCAUUGAAGUGGUCUGGGUGCAGUCUCCCUGUCCCCUUAACCCUGCAAGUGAAAACAUUGCAGUUUUAGUAAAACUACAAUAUUUUCAUUGCAAGGUUAAAGGGACACUAUAGUCACCGGAACAACUACAGCUUAUUGGAUUUGUUUUGGUGAAUAGAAUCAUUACCUUCAGGCUUUUUGCUGUAAACACUGUCUUUUCAGAAAAUGCAGUGUUUACAUUACAGCCUAGUGAUAACUUCACUGGCCACUCCUUAGAUAGCUGUUAGAGAUCCUUCCUGGGCUAUGGCUGCCUAAAAAGCAUCCAAACAUUUAGUAUCUCCACCCUCUGCAUGCAGACACUGAAUUUUCCUCAUAGAGAUUCAUUGAUUCAAUUCAUCUCUACGAGGAGAUGCUGAUUGGCAUGGGCUGUGUUGGAAUCAUGCUGGCUCUGCCUCCUUGUCAGUCUCAGCCAAUCCUAUGGGGAUUGGAUCAGGCUUCCAUAUCUGAUGUCAGCAGACUGCUUGUUUUUCUGAGGCAACCAGCAUGCAGAUCUACAGCUUCAGGCUUGAAUACAGUAAGAUAUUGCUAUAUUUAUGGAGGCAGGAAUACAUGUUUGUUUUCCUGACCCUAUAGUGAUCCUUUAUUUUUAUUUUUUUAUUCUUUAUUUUCUUUUAUACAAAAUAUAACAAACAUUCGCUCUCUCGAGCAUAAUGCAUACAAUACACAGACAAUAUUUAUAGAAUCUAGUUAUAAACAGUAUUUAUACUAUUGACUUUACUGUGUUAUCAUUAUAUAUAAUCAAUACUGUAUCAUUAUACAAAAUCAGUUCGGUAGAACAUUAACUUUCCUUAUAAUAAAAUGCCAUCAAUUCUAUCCUAAGCUGUUUAUUACAUUUAUACAUAUUGUCCAAAUCAUAAUUCAUUCACAUACAUUUCCGGUCAAUUAAAUUUAGUCUAUUAUUACUUCUUUAUGGGGAUUAUUAAAGUAUCAAUCUAUGGCUUUUCAGUUCGUCUUACAAGGUCAAAAAAAAGUAGCAACAUGUUUUAAGAAUUAAAGGGACUCUCCAGGCAAAAAUUUUACUCACCUGGUUCCAGCGCCGGGAGCCUCGUGAAGCCGCGCCCCCUAUUUCAUCAAAAUGACGAAAUAGGUGGGCGUGAGCAGGGAGCAAUCAGACGCUUCCAAUUGCUUUGCAUUCGCUCAUGGCGCCCUCUGAAGUCCUGAGCGCACUACCGCGAGCUGAGCUGACUGACAGCUCAGCUUGCGGUCUUUGCCCGUCCCCUCUCCUCUGCUGACAGGCAGAAGAGAGAAGGCACGCACACAGUGCCUUCUCUCUCCUGCACACGUCAGACGUAUUUUGAUAUGUCUGACGUGUACAGGGCCUUUUUAGGGCCCUGCAUGAUAGGAAGUCCCUCUGGUGGCCGUCUGAGUGACGGCCACUGGAGGUAUUCCUAUCAAUCAAUGUACCAGCAAUUCUCAUCUAUGCUUUAAAAUAUCGCUCUUAGGUUGGAACCAAUAAUUCCAUAAUCUAUACGUACUUUUUUAUAUCUGUUACUAAGCUAUUAUAUAUAUCUCAAGCAAUUUACGAUUAGUAUAGGAAUGAAAUAGUAUAACUCUGAUUUCCAUCUCUAUUUGUUUUAUCACUUGCUUUUUAAACAAUGAGUUAGAUGGAAUAAUAGUUUGUUUUCAACUUUUUGCGAUAAGCAACUUCGUUGCCACGAGGCAAUGAAUUAUCAAAAUCUCUAAUUUUUUUAUUAUUUUCUAUCUCAUAUAGGUGCAGUAACGCGGUCUUUGGUGUUUUCUCUGUCACUGCUCCUAUCUUAUUUACUAGUUUGAACGUUAAAUCCCAUGAUGGGAUAAUUCUAGGACAGCUCCACCAAAUAUGUAAUAUUGAGCCGUUUAUAUGUGAACAUCUCCAACAAUUAGGAGGAUUACUUGAUGAGAUUUUGUUAAGUCUUAUCGGUACUAAGUACCAUCUAAAAGAUAGUUUUAAAAAAGUUUCCAAAAUGUUUAAACAAUGGAUAUAUUUAAGUUUAUUAAAUGCCUAACACCAUAAAUCAUGCUGUAUAUCCAAAGAUAGAUCAGCUUCCCAUUUCAUAAACGUCGUAGAGGGACAGAUAGCUAUUUUUAUUGCUUCCAUUGCUUUAGCAUAAACAUGUUUAAAGGAUUUAGCCGAUAGGAUAUUGUGAAGAAAAUAGAAUUUUACCUGUUAUUUUCUCCCUUUUUUUAUUCGGUAUUUUUAUAUGUGAAUACUUGUAUAUUGAAUGGAUUGGUUCGGUAGUUUGAAACUACCGAACGCCGACCACCCUCCUGGCUCAUUUACUUCAAAGAAAACUAGCUAUUAAGUGCUCCCUGGGUGGCCGCUGUUCGUAUAACCGAACGCCACGUGGAAAAGAAAACGGCGGCCAUCUUGUUCGCAUUAGGAGAGCCAACGGGACUUGGUUGUCGAGUGUCUGGAACUAAAAUCGGACACUCGACCUCACGAACUACUGCUGGAAAUUACCAAACGCCAGCUUCUCAUACUUCCCGAACAGCCAGGAAAGCCUCAUUCGGUAAUUCUGUGCGAACGGACAAGGGGAGCAAUCGCUACUAUGAGCCAGGGGAAUCCAUUCGGGACUUUUUUUAUUUUUUUAUUUUUUUUUUAGUUUUGUGAAUUGACCGACCGCACACGCUGAAUUCAUGGAACUGUUUUGGGCAGGAGCUGCGUGUGUGGUCAGUAAAGGGGAACCUCCACACUUUUUCAGAACCCCUGAACCGAUCUGGGUGAAAUUUGGAUAUGUUUGUCCCCCAGAUCGGGGCUAUCAGGGGAUAUGUAAUUGUGGGGAUACCUUAUGGGGAAAGGGGUGUUCUAAGUUUUGGGGAAAUUGUGUGCUCUCUGCCUGGAGAUAAUUGGUUUAUUCCUUAACUUAUCUCAAUAUCUCCCAGGCAGAGAGGAGGUGUGUAAUACUGUAAAUUUGUGUGAUGAUUGGCUGUUGCUUUUGUUUGCUGUGGGAGGUCCUCUUGCAGGAGGAUUUCUCAUAAAAGCCCGUGUGUUUUCAAUAAAGGCUAUUCCUGUUAUACCCUUCAUGAAGUCUAGGCUCAUGUUUGGGGGAUAUUCUACUUGCUGGGAAGAAUCACCUUGGAACUGCAUUUCAUCUAUUCUAGUCCUCUACUCCCUGCUGCAGCUAUAAUCACUCAUGCUCAGCUGUUGGGAGAGGGAACCAAGACUGCAGCACCAUAACCACUGCAGGUCUUAACAGAUAUCUUUAAUUAAACCUCCCAAUUUAUCAUCUCUAUUCAUAAUAUGUUCUUUUAAAAAACUUUUUACUCGUAAAUAAUUAAAUAUUUCUUUUGAGGGUGAAUCAAGUAGAGUGGAAAGUUCAGCAUAGUUUUUCAACUGCCUAUUGUUAAAUAAAACAUUAAUCCGAUCGUUAUUAUUGUACCAGUUUUUAAGAUCAAUUUGUGUCAUCUCUUCCAAAGAUUGCAAUGAUAAAGUGUAGGGAAUUAGAUUAUCAAUAUUAAGUUUCCUUUUUAAAUUAUUCCAUUCUUUUAACGUUUGGAAAAAUAUUAUAGACUCCUUCUGUUAUACUCCUUUAUAUCUUUAUUCUUAUUGAGAUUAUUCCAUAACAAGGGUUCUAAAUUAUUUAUCUUAAUUCUGUGUGUUUCUAAUUUAUACCAGGGUUGGUCCCUCAAUUCAGUCCUUUGAAGAUUGGUAGCAUGUAUUAUCAUAUUAGCGUGAUAUGAUAGCUUUAUUAAUGGAUAACCGAUUCCUCCAUCCCUUCCAUUUUUUGAUAGGGAAGUUGUAUUAAUCCUUGGUCUUUUCCCUCUCCAUUUAAAAUUAGUAAAGCUAUUUUGGACUAUAUUGAGCCAGUGUGGGGAUAUUUGCAAGGGAAUCAUCCAGGACAUAUAGGUCCAUUUUGGUAUUAAAUAAGCUUUAAUGGUGUUCACCCUUCCCCACCAUGAAAUCUCGUAUGAUCUCCAUUCCCUUAGUAAUCUAUUGGUUUCUUUUAGAAGUCUCAUGAAAUUGACUUCCAUGCACCUGCUAGGGUCCACCAUCAAGAUUAAACCAAGAUAGCUCACCUCUUUCGUGGUCCAAUAAAAUUUAUUUGAUUGUUUCAUUAUGUGUAAGGUCGUAUCUUGUAUGUUAUUUACUAACGCUAUUGAUUUAUUAACAUUUAAUUUAUAAUUUGAUAUCAGACUAAAUUUUUCGAACUCUUGCAUCACAAUUGCAAGGGAAGAAUUGGGCUCGGAUAUUGAUAUAAGUAUAUCAUCUGCAUAAAGGCAGAUCUUUAAUACAUCACCAGUAACCGGUAUUCCUUUUAUUUCCCUAUUUUGUCAUAUUUUACAAGCAAAUGGCUCGAUUGAUAACACAUAUAACAAAGGUGAUAAGGGGCAACCCUGCCGGGUACCAUUAGAAAUUUUAAACUAAUCAGAACAUAAAUCCUGUCCCACUACCCUUGCAGUGGGAUUAGAUUAUAAAGCUCCCACUGCUCCCAUGAACCAACCUUCAAAAGCAAAAUGUGAUAGACCUACUAAGCUCCAACUGACCCUGUCUAAGGUUUUCUCGGCAUCUAUCGACAGAGUCAGAAGGGGCGUCCCGGUAUGUUGAGCCCAGUCCAUGAUCUCCAACAGUCGUCUGAAAUUAUUACUGGAUUGUCUCCCCGAAAUGAAACCAAUCUGAUCAGAAUGAAUAAUGGAUGGAAGAAUAGAUUGUAGUCUCGCUGCUAAUAUAGCAGCAAAUAAUUUAGCGUCCACAUUCAUUAAGGAGAUUGGCCGAUAAUUAUGAAGGUCCGUUUUCCCAAUAAUAUAAUGGAUAGUAAAUAGUAUUGUACUUACACUUUCUAGAGCAUAUGGCCUGCUCUGGUAUAAACAGCUUAGGUGGUAUAAUCCCCACCAAGGAUAUACAGGAUCCAGGAAAUUAAAAAUAGUAAAUAUAAAAAGGUAACUUUUUAAAAGUAUACUUUAAUAUAAACAAACAGAAUAAGGAAUAAAAUAUAUAAAAUAUUCCCACUUUGUGGGACUAUAUUUUAUAUAUUUUAUUCCUUAUUCUCCCCCCUCAUCUCUCCCUCCCCCCCUCAUCUCUCCCUCAGUCUCCUUCUCCCUCCCCCCCCUCAUCUCUCCCUCAGUCUCCUUCUCCCCCCCAUCUCUCCCUCAGUCUCCUUCUCCCCAGUCUCCUUCUCCCUCCCCAUCUCUCCCUCAGUCUCCUUCUCCCUCCCCCCUCAUCUCUCCUUCAGUCUCCUUCUCCCCUCCUCCCAUCUCUCCCUCAGUCUCCUUCUCCUCCCCUCAUCUCUCCCUCAGUCUCCUUCUCCCUCCCCCCUCAUCUCUCCCUCCCCCCCUCAUCUCUCCUCAGUCUCCUUCUCCCUCUCCUCCCUCGUCUCCUUCUCCCUCCCCCAUCUCUCCCUCAUCUCCCUCAGUCUCCUUCUCCCCCAUCUCUCCUCGUCUCCUUCUCCCUCCCCAUCUCUCCCUCAGUCUCCUUCUCCCUCCCAUCCUCUCCCUCCCCCAUCUCUCCCUCUCCUUCUCCUCCCCCAUCUCUCCCUCGGUCUCCUUCUCCUCCCCAUCUCUCUCCCCAUCCUCUCCCCAUCUCCCUCCUCCCAUCCUCUCAGUCUCCUUCUCCCUCCCAUCUCCCUCAGUCUCCUUCUCCUCCCCAUCUCUCCUCUCUCCUCUUCCCCCAUCUCUCCCUCCUCUCCUUCCAUCUCCCUCCGCUCUCCUUCUCCUUCCCCAUCUCUCAUCUCUCCCUCAGUCUCCUCCCCUCCUUCCCCAUCUCUCCCUCAGUCUCCUUCCCCCAUCUCUCCUCUCUCCUUCCCUCUCCUCUCUCCCUCGGUCUCCUUCCCCCAUCUCUCCCUCAGUCUCCUUCCCCAUCUCUCCUCAGUCUCAUUCCCCAUCUCUCCCUCAGUCUCCUUCCCCCAUCUCCUCCCUCAGUCUCCUUCCCCAUCUCCCCUCAGUCUCCUUCCCCCAUCUCUCCCUCGGUCUCCUUCCCCAUCUCUCCCUCCUUCCCCAUGUCUCCUUCCCCAUCUCUCCUCAGUCUCCUUCCCCCAUCUCUCAUCCUCGGUCUCUUCCCAUCUCUCCCUCGGUCCUUCCCCCAUCUGUCUCCUACCUUGGUGCCCGUGGCGUGGCCGGGCUCGGUUUCCUGUGAGUCUCCUUCCCCAUCUCUCCCUCAGUCUCCUUCCCCCCCCAUCUCUCCCUCAGUCUCCUACCUUGUAGCGUGGCCGAGCGCCGCGGAGCUCAGUUUCCUGUACCUGUGAGCACUUCAUUUCCAUCCGCCCGGGUACAGGAAACAUAAGUUCCUGUACCGCGGUGCGCUCGGCCACGCUACACAGAGUGCCUGGCAGGAGGGAGCGCUGUGCGCUAUGCGCUCACCUCCUGCCGGUCACUCCGGCUUUGCGCCCGCCGGGCCGGUGCGCCCUAAGGCGGCCACUUGUGCCGCCUUAUGGAUGCGCCGGCGGAGCGCACGGCGACCUAUGGCCGAGGCAAACUUGCUUAUCCAUUAUGGGAUCAAGUAUACAAUUAAAAUCCCAUGCGAUCAUUAGCUUCCCUUUUUUAACUUGAUCAACUAAUCUCAAAAUUUUAUUUAAAGUAUAGAUUGGAUUUUUAUUGGGUGAAUAAACAUUUACUAAUGUAUCUAGAAGGUCUCCAUCUAGAAGGCCGACUAAAAUAAUAAAUCUACCUUCAGAAUCUAGAUUUGCAUAUUGACAGUCAAAUUGAAACUCUUUAGAAAAGAUAAGAUACCCCACAUUUCUUUUUCUUUGAGAUAGAAGCCUCAUAGAUUAUAGGAUAUUUUUUAAAAUCCCAUUUUUUUUCUUUGAAUCAGCAAUCCAGUGGGUCUCUUGAAUGAAACCCACUUGGAUUUUUUUCUCUGAUCAAGGUGUCAAAUAGCAUACCUCUCUUAACAUGGCAAUUAAGACCUUGUGCAUUUACCAGAAUUAAUCUAACCAUUGUCAAUUUCUAUUUUCCUUCUCUCCCAUAUUAAGACCGGAAAUGUUUCCAUCAUCCACACACUAACAUUCAUACCACAUAUAAUCACAAACAUCACGCUUGGAUAAUCCAACAUAAUCCAAGUACUGGGUGCCCUAAAGGUACCCUCGGGGAAAGGUAAGACAUCCUGGAAUGUAAAAAAAGCUUCUGUUCAGAAGAUUGAAAUAGAAAGAGAGCCUGAGAAGUUCCUCCUCAUAUUCUAAUUUUCCUUCGUUUAACAUAUUGUGUUUAGGAAAGAGAAAGAGAAAAAAAAAAUGAAAAGAAAAUAAACACACAUCCUCUUAACCACAUCUUUGUUUCCGUUAAUUAUUUUCUGUCAAUAAAGUGCUCUACUUGUGUCUAAAUAGUCAUCUUUCAUAAAUUAUUUAUAUACUUUCAAUCUUGCAAACUCUUACAUAACAUACAUUCCUUAUUUUGAAGAGUUAUAAUAGAUCAAUUACCUAUGUGAUCCUAAUAUUAAAUUAUAAGACAUUAAAUAUAGCUUGUGUUAACGUUUUUCAGUGUCAAAAUAAGUGUAAAAAUCUCCCUUGAAUUCUUGGAAAGGAAAAAAAAAAAACUUCUUCUAUAAAAUAUUAAAGUAUAACGUAAUUACCAUAUUACAUAUAGUGAUCCUUUAACCCCUUAAGGACACCACAUCAGAAGCUUGUCUUACGCUUAAAGGACCACUAUAGUGCCCCGAGGGUGCCCCCACCCUCAGGGACCCCCUCCCGCCGGGCUGGAUGGCGAGGAAAGGGGUUAAACUUACCUUUAUUCCAGCGCCGGACGGGGAGCUCUCCGCCUCCGAUCCUCUUCUUCGGUUGAAUGCGCAUGUGCGGAAAGAGCUGCGCGCGCAUUCAGCCGGUCUCAUAGGAAAGCAUUUACAAUGCUUUCCUAUGGACGCUUGCGUGCUCUCACUGUGAAAAUCACAGUGAGAAGCACGCAAGCGCCUCUAGUGGCUGUCAAUGAGACAGCCACUAGAGGAUUUGGGGGAAGGCUUAACCCAUUCAUAAACAUAGCAGUUUCUCUGAAACUGCUAUGUUUAUUAAAAAAGGGGUUAAUCCUAGAGUGGUCCUUUAAGGACGCAAGCCAUUUUUGCAUAUAUUUUUUUUUUUUGCUGUUUGUAUUCAAAUGCAAUUUGCAUCUCUGUCUUUUAUUACACUAACACAUAAUAUACAUCGUUCUUUUAGAGGGCAAACAGGGCUUUAAUUUGAUGUCACAUAUACAUAGAUACAUUCUCAUUAAUUAUAUAAAAUGCCCAAAAAUUAAAAAAAAUCUAUUUUUUUUCACAGUUUUGGCAAUAAUAGCAUGUGCAUUAAAGGGACACUAUACUCACCCAGACCACUUCAGCUCAAUGAAGUGGUCUGGGUGCAAGGUCCCUCAGGUUUUAACCCUUCAGAUGCAAACAUAGCAGCUUCAGAGAAACUGCCAUGUUUACAUUUGGGGUUAAUCCGGCCUCUAAUGGCUGUCUUCUGGACGCUGGAUGCGAAUUUCGCAUCUAUUGUGCAGAGCGUCCAUAGGAAAGCAUUAAAUGCUUUCCUAUGGACGCUUUGAAUGCGCGCACGGCACUUGCCGCGCAUUCGGCUCCACUCAAGAACUGACGUCGGUGGGGGAGGAUAGGUCAACAGCGCCGAGGGAGCCCGGUGCUGGAUAAAGGUAAGCUGCUGAAGGGGUUUUAACCCGCUUUGUGUUCCUGACACUAUAGUGAUCCUUUAAUAUGUCCAGCUUAGAAAAAGUAAUUCAAAAUAAAUUCAUUUGUGUCUUGAUUUAUAGAGUACAUCAUAUGUAUAGGAUUUCAGCUUAUUUUGAAAGCUACAGGUCACAAAAUACAAGGACUAAAAUAAAACUUCAAUUUUGCAACAAUUUUAGAUUUUGGUAUGUUUUUCUUGUAGGUUUACUAGCCAUCACAAAAAACAAAAUUGCCCCACAAAAGUAUAUUUUUAUUUUAUUUUGUGAUAUACACAUAUAACAAGAUUUUUGUAAUGUGUAUUUCGUAAAGUUGGUGUGUGCUAUUCCUGCACCCCAUAUUGUGUUCAGCUACAUCUGCUGAGUAGAACGAUACCCCCAUUGUAUGCCUUUUGCACUUUUCUGUAAAGCUACAGUGCCAUAUAAGAGACAAGGCUAUUUCAGUUUCAGCUGUAUAGAAAUCCAUCUACGGAAAUUCUAUGUCUCAUUUUAGGGUAUUAUAGCAGUGUGACUGUUCAAAUAACCCCACAAAGGGCUUUCAUUUGACAAAGCAGACACCCCAGGGUAUCUUAUAUGGUGUGUAUUGUGCCUUAAGUUGUGGGACAGCUUUGUAUUCCUAAAUUCAUGGAUGCUUAAAAGAAGAUGUGAUAGAUUCUAUCAAAUGUUAUAUUUGUUCUAUGUUUUAAAACCCUGUAUGUUUCUUGUAAUAUUGCUUAUGUGCUAUAGUCGGCUACAGAAGAUUAAUCAAUGAAUGCAAUGCAUAUCAAAUGUAGGCUCUCUUCUAGUGUGGUGUUGUUUGUUUGUUUGUUUGUUUUCACACAUCUUUUAAAUGUUAUUGAUUUACUGCAGCUAUGACUUUUUUUGUGAAUAAAUGCUGAUCAUGUCAAUCACUGUAAAAUAUCACCUGGGCACCAGUGUUACCAUGGGAACUGAAAAGGGCAGAACAGCAAUGCUAGUCCAAGAACAGAUUUGCUACAGAAUGUAAAAACUGUUGGGGGCUCAAAGCUACCACCAGAUGUUUGUUUCAGAGCUUACAAUAAUCUUUAUGGUGUCAGUCAGCAGAUGAACAUCUUAUCUCUGAGUUGCAAGGUCUGUUUGAAUAUGUCUUGUUUUGUUUUCUGUUACUUCAGCUGGACAGCAGAGGGGCACUGAGCUAGACAUCAGCCUGACUAAUAUACACUGGCUUGGUAAGAUGAGUUCAGAUGGGUUGAGCCCUUGCCAUGUGAAAGAAGAACCCGAGGGGAAAGAGAACCAGGCUCCUGAACCAGAGUGUGUGAAGGUGAAUGUGUGAUUUUGGGUCUCAUUGAUCUGUUAUUUUCUAAAAGCAAGCCAACUUUAUUUUUUUUCUAUAAAUCAUUAAGAUUAGCAAAUGUCAAUAUAAAAUGUUUAUUUCAAGUACCAGAAAAGAUAAUUGUGAAAAGCUGCACUACGUAAGCAGAUAGUAUUUUGAGAACAGUAUCACCUGAAUGCAACUCACAUUCUACUUGUUCUAAUUCUUGGGAGGUUGACAGUUACCUUUUUUAGUUUAUAUAUUCUACACAUUCUUAAACUUGUUGCGCUCUUUCUCUUUUAAGGUGAAGGAAGAACCAGAUACUCUUCCCUCUCAAAAAUGGAAGGUCUCUAUAUCAGAGCGACCUCCUUAUUCCUACAUGGCACUCAUACAGUUUGCAAUUAACAGCACUCCCAGUAAGCGCAUGACCCUGAAGGACAUCUAUACCUGGAUUGAGGACCACUUCCCAUACUUUAAACAUGUUGCCAAGCCUGGAUGGAAGGUGCUACAAUAAUAGGAGUACUAAACUGUGAGAAUAUCUAAUGAGGAAAAGAGAGUAGCAAGAAAACCAAAGGAAUAUAUUUUACAAUGGAAAAGGCACAAAUAAUAAUUAAAAUGCAGUCCAAUGUUCUAAAAAUGAUGAAUAUUCAUUGUAGCAAAAUAUUGUUAACCAUAUCUACAUAACUUGCAUAUCCAAAUUCAUGAUAAAUGUGCAGUAAUAGAAAAGGAAGUUAAAUGUGCAAAAGUCUAAGUUGCACAAGUAACUUACAUCCUAAAUGCUAGUAAGUUAGGGAUAAUGGCACACUUUAAUGAUUUAGAAAUUUAUAGACCAUAAACUAGGCGACAAUGUACAGUGUCAAUCAGCAGUUGCAUUAAUUCUUGAGAUGAAAAUAUAAUUUUUCCUCUUUUUAUAAAUCAGUGAUAAUGCCACACCUUCAAUAUGCUGUGCUGUUUUGGUCACCUAUUCUAAAAAAGGAUCUCAUGGCACUAGAAAAAGUGCAAAAUCCAAUAAAAAGGAAUGGAACAUUUUAGUUAUGAAGAAAGGUUGACACAUUUAAAUCUCUAUUAACUUAGGAAAAACUGUAGAUCAUAACAUUAUACAAAUAUAUUCAGGGCCAUUGCAAACCACUGUCUGGAAAUGUAGACAAAGGCAGGUUUUAAUUUAAUAUAAUUAGAAUUAUGCUUUCUUUUGGAUCAACCGCAAAAACAAUGUGAGGCUGAACUUGAUGGACACAUGUCUCUUUUCAGCUAUGUAACAAUGACUUGUAAAUUUUUAAACAGACCCUAUAGUCACCAGACCAUUACAACUUAAUGUAGUUGUUAUGGUGUCUACAACAUGUCCCUGCAGGCUUUUUUUUUAUGCAAACACUGCCUUUUUCAAAAAGAGGCAAUUUUUUAAUUGCUGCCUAGUAACAACUCUAGGUGCAUUCACUCACACAGCUACUAGAGGUGCUUCCUGGGCCAGUGCUGCACUCUGCAGAAUUGGUUCAAUGCAUCUGAAUGAGGAGAUGCUAAUUAGUUCAUGCGCAAUAGCCUCCAAUGCUUUCCUAUGAGAAAGCAUUUGAUUUGCUUAGAUCCUCAAGUUCGCCAAGGUGUGUACCUGGGAAUUUAAAGUCACUCCAAAAAGUUAUUUCUUAAUCAGGAAAAUAAGAAUAAAUCAUUGUUUGAACAUUUAAGAGAGGAAAUUAUUACAUUGGGUUGCAUGGCAAAUUGAAAACAUUCUGACCGAGGUCAUGAUAUCUACAGAUGCAUACCCCUAUGUCCAUAUUGGUCAAUGACAAAUUACUUUGUUGGAUCUAGCGCUUUUUUACAGGCUGCCUUCUGUUCUGUUGUUGCAACAAUAUCCAUUUGAAUUUGGGCAUAUAUUUCUUAUUUCAGAUUUUUAUUUUUUUUGGCCUUCUAAAAGUAUUUUUAAGGUCAACUUAGUUACACUGCGAGAAAAACUAUUAGCAUUUUGGAAAACUGGUGCUUAUUCAUAAACUGGGAAAAUUGGUAACUCAUUUCAGCGGGAGAUAUCUUGAGACUCUGCAUUGAUAUGACCUCAAAAACUGCUAGUUUUCUUCUGUGUAAAAGGAGAGUGUCUUAGGGAAGAUGUUCAACAGCUGUCAGUCAUUUAAAGUAUUAAGCCUCCUAACAGUGUCCGUUUCCGCGGCUUAGGGGUUUAAAGAACGAGAUUGCCCCAGAAAUUUUAAAAUUGACUCUGUCACCUAAAACUAGGAAGUACUUUGUCUUAGGUAUUUUUCCUAUGCAUGACAAAAGGUUGGAGGUUAUCUAAGCUUAACUAAUUUUGUCAAGAAAACAAUAUUUGUCUCUGUCCUGUCCUUUCUUCCUUGCCUCGCAAAAUCUUGCAUCAUUUCAGAGUCCACUGUGACACUGCAUCACUUCCAGUACUUAAAAGAUGACUGAGCCAUGAAAAACAAUGACCUUGUGUCCUCUUUAAAAAAAAAAAAAUGUGGAGUUUAUUCCACCAAGGUGUGGACCUGGCAAAUAUUUCAAAGACCUCCCUAAUCCGUUGUUGAUUUUUGUGGUUAACGAUAUGGUUUCUCUUUCAUGAGUGUGUUCAGAGAAGGUCAGACAAUGUGACAAUAGUGGCCCACGUUAAUUUUAGGAGGGAGCACAAGAUCUCCAAAGUUUAAUAAUUCUUAAUUUAUAGAUCCUGUCCUUAAAACUUAAUCUGCAGGGGCAGGGCCUGAACCGCAUGGCAGUUAGGCACACUUUGUGAGAGCUUCUGCAUGACUCUUGUCCUUUCUGAUUAUAUUAAUACCCAGCACUCACCUACCACACGAUCUGUACUUACCCAAUCUGUGGAACCACACGGGGUGCGCAAAACUGGCUUCGCUAAGCGGUUUGCCACUGCACGUACCGGUGGUAUUGCAGAGUCCUGGCAGGAGCAUCGGGCAGGAGAGGCAGCCGCUCUCACGGCCUGAUCUGCUUCAGGACCUCGCUAAGUCACCCCGCUGCUUUGGGUCUCUCUCCCCCCUCCCCCCCUUCUGAACAGGCAUGGGUUAUCCACUGGAACCACCACUUACCCAGAUGCUGACUCACACAGAAGCCCAGACAGCAAAUGGUUACCACAAGAUGGCAGACACACUCUCACAUCUGGAGCACAAUUCAAUGCUUGCAGAAAAAGAUGAGUAUGUCUCUGUGGAGAGAUCCUGCAGAGGCUGGAGGAGAUUUUCGACUGCUUUUGGGAGGGAUUGGCAGCUCAAAUGACGCCAGAACCGUCGAGACAUCAGGCAAGAGGCCAGGGAAGCGGAGGUCGGUUGGUGAAUGGUACACCCAUUUGGAUACUAUAUGUACCAGAGUCCGUGGUUCAAUGAUGCAGCUCUCUGAUCAGGCCUGGAGCUGGAGAGAUGGCUCAGCUCGCUACUGUUGUGCUGACUACCCCGGGACGGCCCAAUGCCUCCCAGACCAGGGAAUUGGCUGAAAUCGUCCGGCUAUGCUAGGCUGCUGGUCUGCUUGAUAAUGAUGUUUUGGUAGACCAGGAUGGGUCCAGUUUUUUUUUUUUGUUUUCUUAUCUCAUAUUAUGUAAUACUUGUGAACAGUAUCUUCACUGCUCUGAACCAUAUCAAAGUGGUUUCCAAAAGCUAAUCCUAUCCAAUAGAGAGCCCAGCUUGUUUUCCCUUAAUACUUUGAUAUCAAUCCUGAGUAAUGCAUAAAUGUGCUAAAACAAAUUUCUUUACUUUCUUUUAUCUCUUCCUAUUGUGCACUCUGACCAUUUUAGACAUGUCAGACUAGCCUGAUAUUAUCCUGUUAUAUAUCUUCAAAAGUCAGCAUAUUACUCCUGUUAAACUCCUGUUCCCUUUUCAUAAGAAGUGCAGUCUGUGUGUGACAUUUCAUGAUGUACCCUUGCUGAAAUGUCUUUACAAUGCUUGUCUUAAUUUCAUGCACUGAAAAAAUAAAGAACUUUAAAGGACCACUAUAGUGCCAGGAAAACAUACUUGUUUUCCUGGCACUAUAGUGUCCUGAGGGUGCCCCCACCCUCAGGGUCCCCCUCCUGCCGGGCUCUGGGUAGAGGAAGGGGUUAAACACUCACCUUUCUCCAGCGCCGGGCGGGGAGCUCUCCUCCUCCUUCGGCUGAAUGCGCAUGCACGUCAGGAGCUGCGCGUGCAUUCAGCCAGUCUCAUAGGAAAGCAUUCAUAAUGCUUUCCUAUGGACGCUGGCGUCUUCUCACUGGGAUUUUCACAGUGAGAAGCACGCAAACGCCUCUAGCGGCUGUCAAUGAGACAGCCACUAGAGGCUUUAGAGGCUGGAUUAACCCAUUUAUAAACAUAGCAGUUUCUCUGAAACUGCUAUGUUUAUUAAAAAAAAAAAAAUGGUUAACCCUAGCUGGACCAGGCACCCAGACCACUUCAUUAAGCUCAAGUGGUCUGGGUGCCUAGAGUGGUCCUUUAAAAAAAAUUUAAAAAAAAAAAUUCACUUGCAGGGCAUUUUGACAGUAGAAUUUUUUUUUUCCUCUUCAUUAUUUAUAUAUUUUAGCAUUUUUGUUAUCAGAAGAGCAACAACAUUGACAUUUUGGUCAAUAACACAGGAAAUUGGCAGUUCCAGAAGGGUUUUUUUUAUUUUUUUUUUUUUUUAUUUAUUUAUUUAUUUUUUUUUUAUUUAUUUUUUUUUUCAAUUUGACAAUUUUUAUUUUGUCAGAACUUGGGGUACAGAAAAAGAAGGGGGGUUAGAAGGGAAAGGAUAAGCACAAAAUACUGGCAUGAUAUGGUAUGCAGUACAUAGAUACAUCAGUACAAGGAUACAAUACGUAAUUGCAAUGCAUAAGUACAUAAUUACAGUGUAUAAAUACAGUACUCCCAUUUCCUCUACGUGUGACCUAUGGGGUCCUGCCCCUGCUUGUCUUAUUGCUAUAGUUUGGGUAAGUUGUCCCUGUUAGAGUUCCCCUAGGUGGGAGUUGUGGCCUGGUGUCCCUUGGUGUACAUGAUGUAAAGCAAUCCUACUGAGCCCGAGGGCCUUUCCUUCGCGUAGCGCCUCAUAAGGGUGAAAAAGGGGGGAGGGGGGUGUGGGGAGUAGUGAGGUCUGACACCUUUCUUCCCAUCAGUUUUCGUGGAUAUAUCAAUCCACUCUUGACUUCAAUACUUAAGGGUUUUAUGAGUUGUUGGUUACUAGCACAUGUGCAUUGGGUGUCGUGUGCCCUCUAAUGUAGUGAGGUGGUGGGGCUACCGGAGCUGUACAUCCUAUGGGUUGUGUACCCGUAGGUUAAGUUAUAGGCCUAAUUAUGUUGGGUGUUUUAACUCCCAGUUUUCCCAUACUUCCCUUUUCCAGCUGUUUCCUGGUGACAUUCUUGAGAUAUUGGAUUCGUACUUUCCUACUUGAGAUACAUGUUUAAUAAUAUCUUGUGUUGCUGCAUUAUUGGGCGAUAGCCAGUUUUUUGCUACUAGUUGUUGAGCUGCUACUAGUAUGUGAAAUAUUAAGUAUCGUACAGGUUUAGGGUAGGUGGUGCCUAGCAUAAAGAGAAGUAGAGAGGUAGGGGUGUUUGGUAUGUUCACUGAUGUGUGACGGUGUAUCAAUGAGAUGACUGCUUUCCAAUAUGGUUGAAGUUUGGAGCAUUUCCACCAAACAUGGAGAAAUGAUCCUAUUUCGGUUUUGCAUCGCCAGCAGGUGUUGGGUAGUGUUGGGUCUAUUGUGGCCAAUCUCGUAGGGACCAUGUACCAGCGGUAAAGGAUCUUGCGGGUUGUUUCUAGGUGAGAUGCACACUGUGUUAGGCCUUUCGUUAUAUUUAUCGUGGCCAUCCAAAUUUUCUCCGGUAUUGACUGGUUUAGGUCUUUUUCCCAGGAAAGUACGAAGGGGAGAGUUUUAACCUCACGUCUAGAUAACAGCAGGGCAUAUGUGGUGGAUAUGGGUUUUUUAAUCUGUUUACCCGCCAUGAAAAGUUUCUCAAACUCUGUUAACUCAGGGGUGGUUUGGGGCUUGAAAGUUUGUAUUUUGGAUUUCCACCAAGAUGUUAAUUGCAUAUAUGAGUGGUACGCCGUGUUGGGUAACGUGUAGGUCUCUUUCAUGUGAUCAAAUGUAUCUAAUUUCCCCUUGUUGAAGAGAGAAUGUAGGUGAAGUACACCACAUCUGUUCCAGACCCUGUAGUUAAAAUCUGGUAUUUCCCAAGCUAGAGCUUUGAUAGGGGUAGAGAGGGCAAUCGGAUAAUUGCUACAUAGAAAUUUACGCGAUGCGUCCCAUAUUUUCAGCAUUGCUAGGGUGGUUGGGAGUACCUGUGUUGUGUUUCCCCUGUUCUUCGGGGAUAGCCAUAUUAAUGCGUCUAUUUCUUGGUUUUGUAGCCAAUGUUGUUCUAGCUGCACCCAUUGUGGCCUGUCCCGCUCCUGGGCGGCGGGGAAGAGGCUAGCCAGCACUGCUGCUCUGUGAUACAAUUGUAUAUUGGGUAGACUCAUUCCUCCCCUGUUCCUAGGUUGGUAUAGUGUGGUUAUGGCUAUUCUGGGUCGUUUCCCCUGCCAAAUGAAAAAAUUAAUCUGUUUCUGAAGUGCCAUGAAAUAAGCCCUUGGUAUUUGUAGAGUGAGUGUUCUAAACAGAUAUUGUAGUUUGGGCAAGAUUACCAUUUUGACCGCUGCUAUGCGCCCCGACCAUGAGAUAAAUUUAUUUCCCCAGUUGUGAAGCAAAGCAGUGAUCUCCUUGCUGAGUUUAACGUAGUUUAUGUUAUAUAGGUUGGACAAGUUAUGUGGGAGCUUUACCCCUAGGAAAGUCAGAUGGUCAUCCCUCCAGUCAUAGGAGAAUUGUUUCUUUAAUGCCGACAAGUACGCACUGUCCAUACCCACUCCCAUGGCUUGUGUUUUGGAAAGGUUUAAUUUAUAAUAUGAACAUUUGCUAUAUUCCUGUAAUAUGGCGUGGAAUUUCGGCAGGGAUGUGUGUGGUUCAGUGAUUGUGAGCAGAACAUCAUCCGCGAAAAGGUUCAGUUUGUGCUCGCUAUCUCCCACCCUAAUCCCUUUGAUCUCCUUCUCCAUGCGGAUAGCCUCGGCCAAGGGUUCUAGGGCCAUGAUAUAUAGGAGGGGCGAUAGGGGGCACCCUUGCCUAGAGCCAUUAGUAAUAGUGAAAGGUGCGGAUUGAAAUCCCGAGGUGAAAACUCUAGCUUCGGGGUUGCUAUACAGGGAUUUGACUAUUGAGAUAAAGUGCAUGGGGAAAUCAAAUUUGGCCAGGACCGCCCGCAAGAAUGACCAAUGCAGGCGGUCGAAGGCUUUUUCUGCAUCAAGGGAUAAUAAGAGACUUUGAGGAGAUUGUCUGUGCAUAGUGUGUAGUAGUGCAAGGGCUUUGCGUGUUCCAUCUGUCCCCUGCCUUCCAUGUACGAAGCCGACUUGGUCAGAGUGGAUGAUGUGUGGGAUUAUGUUUGACAUGCGGUUAGCGUAUACUUUAGCAAGGAUUUUAACAUCAGAGUUGAGUAGCGAAAUUGGUCGAAAGUUAGCACAUUGGGUUGGUGGUUUUCCUGGUUUGGGUAAUGUGGCCACAUUAGCCGCGAGCAUGUCUGCUGGGAUGGAUUCUAAUGUAGUGGUGGAUGUGAAGAGCGACACUAACCUGGGGACCAGAGUGGAGGAGAAUUUCUUAUAAUACAAAUUUGGUAGGCCAUCUGGACCUGGGGCUUUGUUAUGUGGCAAGUUUUGUAUUACUGUUUCCAGUUCCAAUUGGGAGAUGGGUUUAGAUAAAGAGGAUCGUUGCUCGUCUGUCAAUUUGGGCAGAUUAAUUUUGUCCAAAAAACUAGCUAUUUCCCCUUCUGUGGGUUGAUGCACAGUAGGGUCAUUUUUGAGGUUAUAGAGUUUCCCAUAAAACUCUGCAAAAUGGUUACUGAUGUCUUGGGGUUUGAUGAUUUUUUCCCCAUUUCGAGAAAAGAGGUGGGAUAUUUUGGUGUGGGCCUGAGCGUCUCGGAGUCUACUUGCUAAAAGCGAGCCCGCUUUGUUGCCCAUGCAGUAUUCUCUCGUUUUCAGCCUAUGUAGGGUACGUGUCGUUUUGGCUAUGUUAAUGUCAUUCAGUUCCGAUUGGAGCCGUGUUAUAAGUUCCGCAUCUUGUGGGUUUGGAUUAACCAUGUGAGCUGCGGAAGCAUCUCUCAAUUUCCUAAGGAGGUGUAGGGAGUUAGCCUGGGAGAUCUUUUUGAGGUGCGAGGCACGCCUUAUGAACAGGCCCCGUACUACAGCCUUAUGGGCCCUCCAUACUGUCGUGGGACUCGUUUCUGGUAUGUCGUUAGUGGAGAAAUAGUGUGUGAGUUCGGUUUCUAUCUCUAACUUAAACUGUUCAUCCUGUAAAAGCGAUUCAUUUAAUCUCCAGGGGUUACAACCUCGGUAUCUAAAAUCAUCUUUUAAAGUUGCUAUCACAGGUGCAUGGUCAGACCACAGGAUAUCCCCCAUAACACAUGAUUGGAUUAGGUUAAGUGAAGGGCCUGGUACGAGUAACACAUCUAUUCUGGAGAAUGACUUGUGUGGUUUAGAGUAGUAAGAGUAUCCUCUCUCUGAAGGAUGGAAGGUUCGCCAGCUAUCAUAUAAAUUGAACUUGAGCAAUAACUGUGUCAGGUUUUUGCAAUGCGGUUUGAGGGAUUUGUGUCUAGAGGCUUGUGGAGGCGUAGAAGUAUCAAGAAGGGGGUCUAAGACGUGGUUUAUGUCUCCACAUAUCACUGUGGUUCCUCUUUGUACCUUCGCCACUUUCGUGAGGAUACUAAACAGAAAAUUACGUUGGUUUUCAUUCGGUGCAUACACGUUUACUAUUGUGUAGACUGCAUCGUUCAAUAAGCAGAUAACUAUCAGAUACCUUCCCUUGUCAUCUGAGAAUCUCUGUAGCAAUUCAAAGGCAACGGAGUUGUGGAUGUAUAUGGACACUCCUCUGGAUUUGGAUAAGUGGGAUGAAUGGAACUGGUGGGGGAAGUGUUUCAUGCCAAAGUGGGGCGUAUUAGCCUUGGCGAAGUGGGUCUCUUGGAGACAGAGUAUGUCUGCCUUCAGCUUGCGGGCCUCUUGGAGUAACAUGUGCCUUUUAUGGGGCAUAUUUAGUCCCCUCACGUUGUGGGAAUAGAUCUUCAGAGUGAGUUGCGGGUGAGCUUGUUAGGUAAGCAAGUGAGUGCCUUAUUUGGGUGCAAGUAUCCCAUUAUACAUAGGUUAAGGAGAGGAUGAGAUGAAGUACCUAGGUAUGCCAUGCUUGUGGCAAGUUUUUGGGUGCUCAGCUUUGUGCCUGGGAAUAUAACUGGGUAAGUAGGGGGGUGGUGGUGGGUAGGGUAACAAACAUCGAACAAAAGUAUAUACAGAUGAAACCGAUCUCGGUGCAAGGCGCGCCUGUGCCGCGCCGUGGGGGGCAUGGGAUCGGAGUGGUGGACAAUCGUGGCCUGAGCUGGCUAAAUGUUAAAGUGCUGCUCAGACAACUUAUAACACUAAUCGACAGGGCCCCUUGUUUCAAAACCACAAGGGGUUCCAGAAUGAGCACUCUUUUCUAUGUAGCGGGAGUAGAUGUAUUGUCCCCGCGGGGUGACAUUUCUUUGUAGAGAGGGGGGGGGGAAAAAUUAGUGCUGUGACCGGUGCCGCAUGGGCAGACUUGACUAGUACGGUAGGAGACCAGGGAUUCACUACAGUGCUUUCCGUGUGUGCAUAAGGUUUAAAGUCACAUUAAUGCAUGCGACUUGGUCUGGGAGGUUCACCUAUGGAGCGGAUGUCAAUAGAUGGCAGAAUGGGUAGAUAAUAUGUCCGCCUCAUUAGCUUGGGAGUGUGGAGGGCUUUAGUGUCUGUGUUCGGCCCUUAUGUGGUUCCCACUGUAAGACACCAUUCACAUACAAUUUCCAUAUCAUUAUUAGUGCUCGGGUUGAGCUUCGCUUCGACUCUGUUCCAACAACCCCUAUUUCAAACACAACCAUGCAAUGUGGCGAUUGUACAUAAGUAUAUAUCUUGAACACAUGGGUUGCGUACCGAAGGAUCAGAUGGCUACUAAGUUUCAUCUAACCCUGGUUGUCGGCUUAAUAUUGUGUAUACUAUAUCAGAUCUACAGAGACAUAACUCCGCACUCCGUCCAAUCCUCAUGUGGGUUUACCCUGGAGCGCUGCCUAAAGCUCAGUCCAUGCUUUUGGAGAUUGUGUACUGGCAGAAGGCUGGUUACCAGCGUUUCGUAUAGGCGGGUUAAUCUAAUUUACAGCUUUUCACAUAAAAAUCAAUCAGUCUAUUGUCUCAUGUUCCAGCUCCCUGCUGAGGGGGGGUUGGAGGCCCCUACUUGGUGCCAAACACUAAUCUAGCGUUCCCACAAAAUUGCAACAUGUCGUGGCUCAUCACUUUAGUAAUCGAUGUGCCAGUCCUAGCUUAGCUAUGCUUACGGGUUGUACGUGAGUCAUAUGUACCUUCCUUGAUUGAUGUGUGUGGUUAAUAACGAUGCCCACGUGUUAAACUAUGUGAACCUCCUGAACACUGACGGUACAGCACCCUAUACCGGCCAUAUUUUCUAUUAUGCUUCUGCGGCACCUUGUCAAGCCCACAUUGAGUUUUUAAGUUAUAUAGGGCAUAUGCUAUACUGCUCUGCCAAACACUUAUACAUAACAAUUACAGUACAGUUAUACAUGAAUAAUUACAGUGCAUGUCAUUAUGGUAUUGUCAGCUUAUAGCAUCCAUCGCACGGAUGCUGUUAGGUAGGAUGGUUGUUAAAUGGGUUGUAAUUGAAAUACAGUCAUAUACCGCCGGAGCGGGGAUACUUGCGGUAAGUUGUUAGUUGGUAGUAUGCCAGUCUUUCUCCACUUGGCGCGGGCCCUUGGGAGCUUGAGAGUCCCCUACCACGGGUAAGUUCCAUUGUCUUAGGAGGUCCAGCCCUUCUUCCACCGUGUGGAUGGUCGUGGUUGUCCCGUUUCUUGAGGCAAUGAGACGAACCGGGAAACCCCAGCGGUACAGAAUGUGGUUGGCUCGGAGGGUUUCCGUUACCCGCUGGAAGGUCUUGCGUUGUCUCAGGGUGGCCGCGGAAAGGUCAGAAAACAUCUUGAUCGCGGCAUAUUCCAUCGGUAAGUCUUUCGCCGUCCUGCUCCUCCGCAUUAAUAGAUCCUUCACGUGGAAAUAGUGGGCUUUCAGCAAAACAUCCCUGGGUAGUGAAGCCGCUAUUUGUUGGGGUUUCGGGAUUCUGUGUAGGCGGUCUAAUAGCAACAUGUCCGUGUGGACCUCAGGGGCCAGAGCUUUGAAAAGGCCGUGCACGUAGCUGGGAAGGUCUGCUUGGAGAAUAGUCUCCGGUAUGCCCCUCGGUCUAAUGUUGCUUCUCCUUGAUCUGUCCUCGAGGUCCAUAAUCUUGGUUUCGCAGUGCUGCAAUUGGGAUUAGAGGGAUUUGAUUUGUUCAGUCGAUGCAUUAUGUGCGUCAAUUAAGUCCUCCAUUUUGGUCUCCACGUGCGUUGUGCGGGAGCCGAUGUCUUGUAUGUCGCGUUUUAAUUCUGCAACGCUUGAUUGCCAAAUUGAAAUUAAUCGUUGCGAUUGUUCUUCUAGGGCUUGUUUCAGUGUUGUUAUGGUAAGCAGCCCACCAUUUUGUGGUGAGUCGGCUUCCGAACCAGGGCUGCUGCCUCCUGAAUGUUCAGCGCCAUCUUGUUGGUCCGCGGCCGCGGAUUGUAUAGCUAGGGCUGCCACCUUUUUUUGCGAGAAAAAGUUGGUUUUGUCGAGCUUGUCUUGUUGUCGCCGGGAUUUGGGUUGCGACAUCUCGCUUUCGGCUCGAGUUACCCCGCUGGGUGCUCCCUUAUUCUUAGUUUCGCCUAGCUCGUGGUGCAGAGCUAAAGACUCAAGCGGCCAUCUUUCUCCGCGUCCAGCCACGCCCCCAGAAGGGUUUUAACAUUUGUACCAGUCGGAUUGUCAAUAAUACAGAGUGAAAUUUUUUUUUAAAACACUGUCUUCAUACUGUUGAAUUCCAGUCUGGUUUGUGUUCCUGCCAGGAUCACCAAUUCCUGAAUUAUUAAGAAAUGCCCAACACAUGUCAUUGAUUUAUUUAUUUUAACAUCACAUGUUUGGGUUUAUUUAUGGCUAAUGCAACUCUUAAGAGGCCACUAUUGGAUUAUGCCACUUUAUAAAUCAGCUGGUGGUCUUGGAUCGCUGUACAAAGGUGCUGGAAUAAUUUAUCUUGAUGGCAUGGUGUCUGCGCUUAGGAAGAUAUCUUUGCAAUUUUUAAUCAGACCUUUAGGCUAGAAUAGGCUUCUAUCAAAGAAGUGUUCUAAAGGGAAGGAAAUUAAAUGGACUUGAACUUUGAUCCUAUGGCAGUCUCUUCCAAAUAUCAUGAAAUUCUUGUAGCUUUGGGGGGGAGGGGACUGGGGGGAGUCUACCUGCUCUCAGAUUAUUCCCCAACGGGAAUGUCAACGUUAUUUCUAUUUUGAGGACAGAAAACGUGCCUCUACCUCAGCAUAGUGCCUCAGAGCUCUCUCUACUAAAUCUCAUCACGUUUCACCAAUAGUUUAAUUCUGAAAGUGCUGGUUUUAUGAGUCUGUGUUUCAAAAAAUGAUCAUACUGUUAUUUAUUUUUGGUUUCCACUUGGAAGCAUACAGUAUUUGCCUUGAUGUCAGAAGAUGACUACCUACCUUUCAAAGCACUAAAGAGGAAAAAAAUGCUUAACAUAUGAUACAUCAAAAAUGUAUCUUUCCUUUUUGCAUUAAACGCUGUUUGACCUGUGUAUGUUGUAGAAGUCAUACUAGAAGUCAUACUAGGAGGAAUUGGAAAGCUAUUGUUGAUCUCUACAUUCAAUAUUAUUGGUAACCAGGUGUGUUAAAAUUUACCUUUUUUUUUUUUUAAAUCCAGUUGCUAGAAUAUUCAAAUUUUAAUCCUCUACUCUCAUAAACAAGUGGGUGACUUCGUAACACAUACAGCUUUUUACAAACCAAUGGCGUAAAAAUCUGGUUUUAUAUUUUGUCUUUCCUAUCCUACAAUACAAUAUAUAAAGGUUCAAGAUAGCAGCAAAGAAUAUUGCAGCUUUUUGGAACAUUGGUCUGCCUUUUAAAUUUGUAUUUUCUAAUUUGUCUGUUCCUAAUGUCUGGGUCCCUCCACAUCCCCAAUCAACUGGAGUAUAUGAAUGUAUGAUGGCUUAUUAAACAUGUAUGCUGGUUUUAUAUUGCAUGUAUUUUUGUAUAGCCAUAUAACACACUCCUGAUUACCAUGCUUAAUGUAUUUUGGAAUUAAAUGCUAAACAUAAAGUUGUACAUUGUAGCUGGGACUGAAAGUACACUGUAAAUUUGUUGAAUGGGUGUUAGUGACAGUCAUAAAACAUAUAGGACGUUUAAAAAUGUAAUUCCCCUAUUUUGUUUUUUGUACCUUGCAGAACUCUAUUCGUCACAACCUUUCCUUGCACGACAUGUUUGUGCGAGAAACCAUGGCAAACAACAAGAUUUCCUACUGGACCAUCCAUCCUCAGGCCAAUCGUUGCCUGACGCUUGAUCAGGUUUUCAAGGUGGGAAUCCAAGAAAUGUUCUUUCACAGGAGUUGAUUUGGGCUGUAAAAAGAAAUUUCUGAGAGGGAAUAAAUGCAUGUGAUGUGUUGGUGCUCUUUAUCUCCAUUAUUCUGUAUCUAGCUUUAUAAUAUCUCCUAUGAGACUUGAGUACUGAUGGGUAACCUCUGUGCCAAAAGGUUGACCUCUACUGCACUUACAAAAAAUGUAUUUGCAGUAUUUCAAGUAAAUAUGUAGAUCAUGUGUGACUAGUUCUUGGUUUCGCUUUCCUAAACAAUAUACAAAAAUUGAAAGUCAAGUAUGUAAUAAAUUUUGCCUACAAGUCUACGAUCACAGAUGGAUAGUAGGAAUUCUGGAUUGUUGCGUAGGUAAAUAGAAAUGUUAUGAAAAAUAGUCUUUUUUUAAGUGAAUGUGUAAUAUCUCUCUGAGAAUAGCAAUGUAUUCUGCUUUGGGAUCUUGGAAAUGUAUGUUUUCUGUUUGGUUAAGGUUGUUGCUUUGUUUUAUUCCUUCCCACAAUGCAUUGCUGAUGGCAUCAUUCCAUGGAGGCGGCAAGUCCCAUGACUCCAUUGCCCUUGGAACCAGUAAGACUUAUCUCUCUGUCCCAAACUGCGCGCUGUGCAGCCUGUUGGGUUUUCACUUUUUAUUUAUUUUCUCUUUUGGGGUGCUCUCUGUAAUCACUGGGUUGUGUGUGAUUUAUUUAUUUUAUUUUAUUUCAAACAUUUCUGAUCCUUUUUAACCCUUUCUGUUAGAAAUAUCUAUUUAGUUACUGAACUGCAACAAACAGUUUGUGCUUUUUUUUUUUUUUUAAUACGAUUACAUGUAUUAUCUAUAUUAUUGUUUACUUCAUAGAUGUACAUGUCUCCAGAUUUAAUACAAAAUUAUAGACAAUGCUAUAUUAUAUGUCUGUUUUUUUUUUCCUUUCCUUUUUUAAUAAGCCAUAACAUUUCUCUAGUAAUUAUAUACUCCCACAUUCAAAUUAAGAGGACAAUUAGUUUUUGUUUUUUAAUAUAAAAUGUACUAGAAUUAUAACCAUUGUUGGAUCACUUUAGUUUGUCAUUAGUUUGGGGUUUGAUAUCUAUUUUUGAGUAUUAUAUGUAAAUUUGCGCUCCGUCUUUCUGAUUAUCUAUUGCUAACUUGAAAGAUUAAUGAGCUCUGUAUCGAGUUUUACACUUUACCUUGAUUUAGCAGAAACCUUUUGCUUUCUUGAUCUGCAACUAUUCCACCAAUAGUGAUCCCCAUAGAUAGCAGAGCGUAGCUGGAGGAAGUAUUGCCCAUCAUCUGACUUACAGCACUAUACAUUUAUUCUUUAUUUGUUCAGCUCAACACUCUCCUUUGACAAGUAAGCUUAAUUUAUCACCUUUUUUUCACACUCCCAAACACAUGGUUAAAAGGUCAGCCUUACAACAAAAAAACACUUGCUGAACUUAGGAUGCAAGUUCUUUGUCCAUGAAGUCCCAUUGUAAAGCUCAUUAUCUUGAAUGAUGAAAAGCUUUGGUUUGGCACAUUUAGCUCUAUCCUAUUUUGAUGUAACUGCUUCAUGGAGUUUGAACUACUUAUACUUGAGAUGAGCUCAGGCCCCAAAGGCCACAAUAGAUUUGUAGCGUGUUUUUUGGUGAGGGAGGGGUCUACAUUGUGCAGCUACAGGAGACUAUGAAACUAUUCAAGCUAAAGUGACCAACACUAAUUAUCCUUUUAAUUUAGCUACUUUUGACACUGCACCCCACUUGCUGUUUUGCUUAUCUCUUCCAGCACAACCUAUUUAAGUUUGAGGGUCUCAGAAUCCUGUCUUACAUCUUCUUUACCAAACCAGAUGUCUCAGGCACAAUAUGUAUUUUAAACCAUAACGCAUUAUCACUUGAAUCUGUGAUAAAAGGUAUAAAAUUACCUUACUGGAACUGGUAUACAACCUAGGAACUUUAAAAUAGAGUCAAAAAAAUAAAUAUAUAAUGUAGUAUUUUAAAUUAAAAACCUCUAAAUUGACACAAGUGAAAAAGCAAAAUAAGAUUGUGAACACGCAGGUGCCCCAAGCUGUUGACCUUUGCACACAAUAUAUGCUAGUAAGAAUUCUUGUCUGUCUGUGAGUAGUCAAGAAUUAGCCAUAUUGGGCAGGCAGACUGGUAAUGUGCAGUAUUGUUGGAAUACUGAAGAUGUAGCUUAGAUAAGGCAUAGCUUUCCUACCCUGUGAAUUUGUAGUUGAGACUGGAGUUAUGUGAACUGUGUUUCCUAUAUUGGGUUUCAUCCAGGCUGACAUCUCCCAAAACUUUUGCCACAAUUAACUAAUUACAUUUUUCUUUCUCGGUCUUUGUGCCAACAGAAGAAACUAAUCCCAGAGCUCACAAAGAGUAUACAGAACGUAGCCACCAGCAGUAAAGGUGAGUAUUCUUCAGUUUAUAUAGAUUGGAGAACUUCAUAUGCAUCCUCUGCCAUCAUCUUCUAGAGAAAACAUACUUGCCUGACAGUUUUUUAUUCUCCUUCACAUGCUCCAGAAAGGAAGAUGAAGCCUCUUCUGCCAAGGGUCAGUUCCUAUCUCAUUCCAGUCCACUUCCCAGUGACGCAGCCUAUUCUCCUUCCUGCACUGGAGUCAGUCUGUGUAGAUCUAGGACCCUCUGAGGCACCGAGGAGCAGUAAACGUGUGAAAAUUGCUCCAAAGGUUAGUAUGAACCAGUGCCAAGGAUUUCAGAUUUUACAUGGUAACUUAGUUUUAUGUGCUGUUAUUAAAAUAGCAAAUUAAGGCUUUCUCUAUUCGUAAAGGACCAGUCCAAUUCCCCUUAACAAUUCAGUAGAUAUACCAAUGAAAAGUUUUAAUUUUGGGUUAAUCUAAAAACAGCUUGCAAAAUCUGCAGAUCUCUUAUUUGCUGCAUUUACAAACCCUCCCCUUCUCCUGUCCAGACUUUCUGUGGCAGUCCAAUCAGACUUCCCACUGCAGCUAAAGUUCUUUAAGUGUGUGGAGUGUUCCUUUAAGACUUACAGAAAAACAUACGAUUUCUCCAUUCGUUCAGGGUUAAAUUUACAUAAUGUAGUCAAAUUUUAAGAAAAAAUGAGAAAGCUGGAAGCAUUUUCAGUCAUCCACACUGUCUGCUGGUACUAUACUUUCUUUCAAAGUUCUGAUAUUCCAUUGACAUUUGUACCUUGAAAUCUAUUUGUGUUUUUGUAUAAUGUACAUAGAUUACCACACCCAGAAACUUUUUAGAUUCCUUAUAUGACAAAUAAGUCUAAUGGUGUUAACAGUGAUCGAAUUGAGUGGAUAUGCAUGUUAUUCCCUACCACCCAGAAAAGAGCAGUUUCACUUGGAUCUAUGGGGUUAUGAAGAGCACAGAGGCUGAUGUUCUUGUGUACCUCCAUUUAUUUAUUAUAAGGCAGAUAUUGAGAACAUUUUACUUUGUUCACCCUACUUUAAUUAUCUUUGUGAUUUUUCAGAUUUCAGUAGAUCCAGAAGAGCCUCCUAUUCUCCCCGCAGCACUCCCUGUUAAAGAGGAACCAAAAGAACCAGGGUUUCCAGACUUCAGUUCCUCACCCAAUCUGCAAAGCAAGAAAAUGACAUCAUCUCGAAGGAAGCAAUUGUUGAUUGCACCACACACGGAAGAGCCAGAACUGGUCCUGCCUGAGAGCAGCAUUUCUGACUCUGGACUGGAUUCAGAAUUUUCCUUUUUGCAGGAAACCAGUGUGCAUGAUGGCACUUCCCAUCUCACUCAGGAUGGCACUUCCCAUCUCACUCAGGAUGGCACUUCCCAUCUCACUCAGGAUGGCACUUCUCAGUUCACUCAGGAAGAAGAGUAUUCGUUUAAGACCCCUAUUAAAGACAGAGUUUUGAAGCCCCCAAGCUCCUCUACUCCCAGCAAACCAACUGAGAUGGGUAGCUUACAACUGUGGGAAGCAGAAUCUCCUCUCCAUCGAGAUGCUUUCCUGGACUGUAGCCCAGUGCGCAUUCCACAAGGCUCUACACUCACCCCUUUCAAAGAUACUAUGAGUGCCUUAGGUUUUGGAGACACUCCUUUCAAGGAUCUUCCUUUCUUUGGUUCUCCUCAGGAGUUGUUUGGCACACUGUCUCCUCCUUCCCCUGAGCUAGAUACCAUGAGGAAUUCCACACCAGUACGAGCACCUAAGCGCUGCUCAAAGGAACUGCAAGUAGGGACCCCUGCUAACCGCUCUCUGCUCGAAGGACUUGUUUUGGAUACCACUGAUGAGAGUCUCAGCAAAAUCCUGCUGGAUAUUAGCUUCAGUGGUCUAGAAGAGGACAAUGGUUCUGGUGCAGACAGUGUAUGGGGCCAGCUUCUGUCUGAAUUCAGAUAG